AAAAUCUCCAAUUAUCCAGGAGAGAGAGACUUGAGAGAAAAUAGGAUCGAGUUUUAGGGUUUCCUCAAAAUUUUGGCAAAUUCUAACUAUUUGGUCUGGAAUUCGUAAUUAGGUUCGACAUUAAUCGAAUUUCUUGGGCUGCGACAUUCUCUCACGUCGCUUGAUUGUUGUUCAUCGAGAAGGAGGGUUGAUUUGGGCUUCGCAUAAUAGUUCGAACAGGAGGGUCUGGAAUUCACGAAAGUUCAAGAACAAUGUAGUCAGAAGAGAAAACAACCUUUCCAAAAUCCAAGCUCUGAGAAAGAGCAAGAGCAGCAUGAUGUUGUUAAGAAAAGGAAGCAAAAACAAAAGUCAUAUUGUUCUCCAGGUUCCAUGACAAGGUAUCUUGAUCUUCGAAAAAAGCAAUUAGAAAAUAAUGAAAUAGUUGCAGCCGGUAAUCCAAUUCUGAAUACUGAAACAUCACCAAUAAGAGUUGAUAAUGAUGAUGAUGUACAACUGAAUAAUAAUGAUGCUGGAUAUGACCUUGGAUUUGAAUUAGAAUUGGAGACAAUAGCUGAAAACGAAAAGGAAGCUCCUAAGAAGAAGCAUCGAGGGCCAACAAAGCUUACACAAGUUCAUGCGCGUACAAGAGAAGAACGUCAAUAUAUUAUUCUGAACUUGUUUGGCCAACCAGUAGGACCUACAAAGGAAAUUGUUGAAGAGUUUAAGUUUUUCCUCGGAACUUUGGGGAAGGAUUCUGAGCUUGCGCCACUUAAUUAUGUAAAUUUUCGAGAUCUGCCCACACAUGACAAAAUAUGGGAUUAUGUUUUGUAUAUGAAAAAUAUAUAGUUCCUGAAGCCGGAAGAAAAUAUGCAAUGGAGGCUGUCAAUACAAGUUGGCGUAGUUAUAAAUGCAGAUUUAAGAAGAAUUAUUUCUACGCAUAUGCCACUGAUGAGUUAAGAUGGGAGAAUAAACCAGACACUAUUUCAGUACCUCAGUUUCAAGACCUCUUGAAUUACUGGAAAUGUGAAAAAGUUGAGGAAGAAAGUAAGACCAACAGUGAAAAUCGUUUGUUGUUAAAUGAUAUGCACACGAUGGGCCGUAAGGGGUUUGCAAUUUUACGUCAUGAAUUGCAAGAGCAGGACCCGGAUAAGCAAGAACCUUCUCAAGAAAAGGUCUACAAAGAAUCAAGGAAAAGAGUUACAGGGAGAACAUACCUUACCAACCCUGAGAAAAUCCAAGAGAAUAUUGUAAAAAUAGAUGCUUUAGAGUCCACCCAAGACGGAGAAGGAGGGACCAACUCCAAAGACCUUAUCUCUGAAGUGAUACAAGGUCCCAAAAGCAAAAGCAAAAGCCGCGUACCACUUUACGGAAAAGGUAUGACAAAGAGUGACUUGAAGAAAAAGGGAAAAAAAUCAGGAUUCUUGAUUCCGGAAGAGUUCUUGCAGAGUAUGAAAACAAAGUUGGUGCAUCAACUUGCACCCCACGUUGUGUCUAUGAUUGUAUCUCAACUUCAAGAAGCUAAUCCCGAGAUAAAUAUAGUUAUUCCUGAUUUUGUGACUCUAUCGACUCCAAAGGAUGCUGCCAGUGCGCCGCGUGUCAGUGAGCAAAAUGGGCAGUCUGGUGGGACAAGUAGGACAAUUAACCAGGAGCAUGGUGAGCUAAAUGGAGAAGAAAUGUAGAUUUAACAAUGAGACGGUCGAGGCUUUUGUUUGUUUUAGGCCAUUUUGGGAUUUCUAGUAACGUUGAAUUUGUUUAUAUGGAUUUUAAUUUAUGUACUUUUGUCAUUAAAAACACUAAAUUAAUUAGUGAACAACUAUUUUGUAAUGCAUGUGUCCUAUAUGGGCACUAAUAUAUAUUGUAAUAUUACUCUUUUAAGUCAUUGAAAAUCUU